AUGGAUUCUGGAAUGCGUGUGAUCGUACUUGUUUUUUUCAUAUUUUUAGUGGAACAGUUUACCAACAUCAGAUGCACUUCCUUGGACCCGGAAUUCGCCAUCGUUGAGCAUUGCUAUCUAAAGUCAGUAAAUCGUACAUAUAAAUACCUGUCCUUGAAAGUGAAUCUGUUAAAAAAGCCCGUUACCAGAAUUAAAGUCAACGGAGCCACAUGGAAACGAUAUAAUGGCUAUAAGCCGUCCCUUUAUAACAUGACAAUUGAUGCCUGCAAAUUUCUUAAGAAUCCUAAGUCAAACCCCGUUGCGGAUUACAUUCACACGCUCUUCAGAACUUACUCCAAUAUGAAUCACUCCUGCCCCUUUAAUCACGAUGUUGUUGUAGAUAAGCUGCCAAUUAGUUUCGUUAACAACCAAGUAACAGCAGUACUCCCAGUGCCGCCUGGAGACUACAUGUUUCAAUCGCAUUGGUAUGCCUACGAUAUCAACCGCGCUACUGUAAGCGUUUAUAUGACAAUAUAUUAA